AUGAAUUUAAAUAGAAACCUUUGUAAAGGACAAUGCCAACCAGCUUUGCUUAUAAUGCAAAAUGUAGAAAACAUUACUCCAGAGCAAAAUACACCUCAAACUGAAAACGUUACUCCAAAGCAAAAUCUGCCAUCAACUCCUAAAGAUAACAAAAAAAAUAGCGAACCAAGUGAUUCAAAAUAUGAUACUGCUAAAGAAGAACCAGAUAUUCAUUUUGAAAAAAUCAAGGAUCCAUAUAUUAAUAGAAUAGCAGAAGCCAGAAAAUUUAAUGAAGAAAAAAUUGCAGAUAUUUAUAAAAAAGAGUUAGCUUUAAAAGGUGAAUUAAAACAUGAAACAAUAGAAAUUAUUAGAAAAGAUCGAAUUAAUGCAACAAUAGAAAAAGAAUAUAAUGAAAUUAUAGAUCAAAUAGAAGAUGAGAUAUUACAAAAAUCUGGAUAUUAUUUACCUUUACCAGAAGCUUUAGAUAAGCAACAACUAGGAAUAAUUAAUCCACAAAAUAGGAACAAUAAUGA